CGUAGAUGAGCCGCCUGUCAGUGCUGCUCUUGUCUUCGUGAAACUAUAGCGAACGCUCAUUGGCUACAAAAAACGCGUCAUUUCAGAACUCUGUGUUGAUUGGACGAUGUUAGUUCCAACCCGGAAGUGAACUAAAGAAGUCAAGAUGGGGACUCGUUUGAAGGUCUUAAACGCGUUUAAAGCGCUGCACCGAACAAGGAGAACUGUAUUCAAAGACGAUGCCAGAGCGCUGUCAGCUGCAAGAUUAAAGAUCAACGAUGAGUUCCGGAAAAACAAAGAUGAAACGUCAGAAGAAAACAUUGUGAAGAUGAUCAAAAUGGGCUCAGAUGUGGAAGCUGUUCUUCGAGAGGGUGUGCUACAAAUGGAACAUGUUGGAGAUAAGACACUCUUGCUUCGACCUAGAGAGAGUCUUCUACUAGAAAAUGUACCCUAUUGUGACCAGCCCAGGAGAAAGUCAUGACAGAACAUCUCAUCGCAUCUUUUUCAUCAAAAAAGAGACUCGCUAUCAUCUCAUACCAUACGUCUGCAUUUUAAAGGAUUCAACCCAAAACAACAUUUCAACUUGUUCAGGAUCUCAUGAACAAAGAACAUUUUAAAAAAUCAUCGCUGCAUGAAGAAAUACCUUGUUUUGAUUCACUGAAGAUCUCUGCUAUAAACUGGAUGUUGUAAUUUCAUGUACAGCAUUUUGUCAAAUGUAUUUGAAAUGUGUUUUCAUGUAAUUUGGGAGUUUUCAGCCUGUUUUGAGCUUGUGAUUCAACUGAACUAGUGGGGAAAUGUUACUUUUCUGCUACUGAAAUGUUUUAUUGUGUUCUGAUUAAAGGGGAGUGUUCCCAGACUAUC